AUGUUUCUUGCAUACUUUUCAAAGUUGUUGGACUAUAUUCUCUCCUAUAUUUAUUACGUGGAACUGAUUAAUGAAUCUGCGUAUGUUAAACUUUUUACAGCUCGUAGAAAUGUAGGGGGUAUUAAAUUUGAAGACGUUCAAUCUUUUGGACCCAUAGGAACUCAUAAGGCCACUAUAGUCUGGCUGCAUGAUAUCGGCGAGACAAGCGCAAAUUCGGUUCGAUUUGCGAGACAGUUGGGUCUUCGAAAUAUUAAGUGGAUUUGUCCAACUGCUCCUAGACGCCCCGUUACUAUCUUAGGUGGAAUGGAAACCAAUGCAUGGUUCGAUAUUGCAGAAAUUUCUGAAAACAUGCAAGAUGAUGAGGUGUCAUUACAUCAUGCAGCUUUAUCUAUUGCUAACCUUUUUUCUGAUCAUGCUUCCCCAAAUAUAGGAGGUAUGGGCAUGGGUGCAGCGCAAGCUCUCUACCUUGCGAGUAAGAGUUGCUAUGACACUAAUCAACGGCUUCAAAUAAAGCCACGAGUUGUUAUAGGGCUUAAAGGAUGGCUUCCUGGCUGGAGGUAG